AUGGAAUUGGACAGUAAGCGCUACUCUCGAAUGGAGGAGGAUGGAGAACAACAUAAAGACACUGAGGCUGUGGGCGUGGCGAAUGCCCAGUGCACCAUGGGAGAGGAGACGAAGUGUAAUGACAUCACAGUGAUCGUUUCUAACUCCACCCCCUUCCGGAUCGCCCCACUGGAGCACUGUUUAAAGGCUCCGUCUGGGCUCCUGGCAUAUCUCAUCACCACAGUGUGUCUGGGAGCGUUGUUGUUUGGUGUGGUCUGGUCCAUCGCUGAGAAGGAGUGUUAUCCAGGGGGGAAUCUGUUCGGCAUCAUCAUCUUGUUUCUCUGUGCUGUGUGUGGAGGAAAACUGGUCGGACUGAUCCAACUCCCCACACUGCCCCCCUUCCCCCCUUUACUUGGUAUGUUGCUGGCAGGUCUGGUGCUGCGUAACGUCCCGUAUGUAACGGAGGCGGUCCAAAUUGAGCAGGCCUGGUCAGCAGCUCUGAGGAAUAUCGCUCUGGCCAUCAUACUGACCCGUGCUGGACUGGGCCUCAACCCUUCGGCUCUCCGCAGACUCAAGGGGGUGUGUGUGCGACUGGCAGUAGGACCGUGUACAGUGGAGGCAUCGACAGUAGCUGUGAUGUCUCACUUCCUGAUGGGCUUGCCCUGGAUCUGGGGAUUCAUACUGGGGUUUGUUCUGAGUGCUGUAUCUCCAGCGGUGGUUGUGCCCUCCAUGUUGCUGCUCCAGAAGGAUGGCUACGGCGUGGAGAAGGGAAUCCCUACUCUGCUGAUGGCUGCUGGGAGUUUUGAUGACAUCCUGGCCAUCACAGGGUUCACCACCUGUCUGGGCGUGGCCUUCGCCUCAG